AUGUUGAUACAGCAGGGGAACAGUACUGUGGGGGAGUUAACAUAAUUUGCAAUAGUGACAAAAUGGCAGGUCAGAUUGUUGACAUUGGACAUCCCCCCUCCCUAGGGUGGCAGUCCAUUUGUAUGCCGAUUCCCCUAGACUACGAGCUCAACAACUUCCUACAAAAACUGGCAGAUGAAGUCACAGAGGAGGAUCUCCGCAAGCUUAAAGCUCUACUUCAUGGUGAUGGGGGACUACACAGGCGGACCUCGGCCAGCAUUGAAUCCGCUGUGGAUUACUUUACAGUAUUAAAGGAGAGACUGUAUCUAAACAGGGAGAACUUAAUCUUCUUACAAGCUUGUCUGUGGAAUAUAGGUCGCCGUGACCUACAUCGGAAAUGUGUGGAAUUUGCCAAGUCUUCAGAAAAAAUUCUUCAUUUCUACUGUCCAAAGGAAACACCAGAGAAUGGAUAUCAGUUCAUCAAGUUCCAUGUGGCUGGGGGUCUGGACACGUUUCAGCGACCACAGCUGGAGCAUGUUCGUCGGACCGUGGCACAGUUGAUUGGGUGUUUAGCGGAGCAUGUAUUUGUGGCGGGGAUCGAACCCUCUAACAGCUUGGUGGUGACCCUUAUGGUGCCGAAUUCCUAUGUCGAUCUGCUGCCCUGCGCUGAUAAACACGAGCUGGUCUUACUAAGAGCUGUAGACGUGGACAAAAUCAUCAUCAAAGACACCGUGGAGAUUGAGAUCCCUUGCUAUGGAGGUUACCAUGCAAGUGAAAUUCGUAACAUACUCAGGAGAAUGAAAGACUUGGAGAGACAGCUGGAUAUAUCAAAUCAGAAAUUACUGGAGGCUGAGAAAGAGAAAAGAAAGCUAAUCCAAAGUUCCUUGACAAGGAUACCUCCAAACUCUCCCACGGUUCCAGGAACACAAGAUUUGUCUUUGCUCUCUUCUACUCCAAUGAAGAGUCCAGGAUCCCAGAUGGUGCAGGCGGCAUUUGAUUUAGGAUCUGACACAGAAGAGCCAAUUAAAGAGGAGACAACUGCAUUGUAUCAUUCUCAAAUGAGCAUUGAGAGAGGAAGUGAUAUGGAACCAGAGGGCUACACGCGCUCAAUAAAGGUGAGCAAUCUGCCCCUCGACACAGUGGACGCAGAACUGAGGGAAUACUUUGAGAGGAGGAGGGAACAUGGAGGGGGACCAGUAAAGGACGUGACCUUGACCAGCCAGUCAGGGGAGGCAAUCGUCAGCUUCCAGGACCCGGGAACCGUAACAAGACUAUUGCAAAGUGAACCACUGCUUUUCAAAACAAACUACAUCAAAGUAGAGCCCUAUGUCCCAAUGGAUGACAGCAGACUUAGUCUGAGUGGACUCGCUGAUCCUGAACUGACCAGUGAAGCGGAACAGAACCUAACAGUGACCCUAGAGGUCAGUGGGUUCAAACCAGAAACAAGGGAGGAAACUCUGGAGGAUUACUUUGUGAAUGAGAAGAGUGGUGGGAGUUCCGAUUGUGUCAGUCUGCCUGUCAGUAUGGCGGCGGACAGAAGUGUGGCAUAUGUCAAGUUAAAAGACAGGAAUGUGGCCAAGAAUAUUCUGAAGAAGAGGGACCACGUUUUGGAUGGGGUCAAGUUGGAGGUCAAGCAGUUUGACCAGAAGAAUGUAGAACCCAAAUUUUACAAAAAUAAAGUCUUUGUUACAGGAAUUGAUCCCAAGACAACACAAGAUGGUCUGGAGAACUACCUGUCUAACCGUGCCAGUACCAAAGUGGGUGAUAUUGUGAGGGGGGAAGAUGACUCCAGGGCUGUAGUUACAUUCACUUCAGAUAUAG